AUGGAAAACGUGCAUUACUCCACGUGGGCGGAGUUAUUCAAGAUUCAUGCACGAUCCAACCGUGUGAUUCACCACAUCAUUCCCUCCACUACGGUUCCAGGUACGAGUACGGAUGCCGAGAAAGAAGAAUGGUCGACUGUUGAUGCAAUAGUCUUGAAGUGGAUUUAUGCCACGAUUUCUGAUGACCUUCUUCAUACAAUUCUAGAGCCCGACUCCACGGCUCAGGCGGCAUGGGAACGCCUUCGUGACAUCUUUCAAGAUAAUAAACAUUCAAGGGCUGUCACCCUUGAACAGGAGUUUUCGAAUACAUCAAUGGAGGACUUUACCAAUGUUUCUUCUUAUUGUCAGCGUUUAAAGUUGUUGGCUGAUCAACUCAAAAGCGUAGGGGCUCCGGUGACUAAUAAUCGGCUCGUUUUGCAUAUGGUGGCUGGUUUAACGGAUGCGUAUAGCGGUGUUGGCACUCUUCUCCGCCAAAGUGACCCAUUACCACCUUUUUAUCAAGCACGAUCGAUGCUUGUCCUUGAAGAAGCCGGGUUAGCGAAAAAGGCUGCUCUUGGCACCUCCACCACGUCGGCUAUGGUGGCCGAUUCCUGUUCUUCUUCUCCACCUCAGAAUCGUGGCUCUCCUGGGGGUCACAAAGGCAAAAAUCGCUCCUCUCAAAAGGGGCGAUAUUAG